AUUUUAAAUCACCUCUCUCUGUGUUGGUUUCUUUCCUUGUCUUCUCCUUGACAAAACAAUAACCAUGAGACCAGGAGGGAACCCACUGGACCUCAACAACUUGCCGGAGGAAUAUACGAAGCAGGCGUUGGAAGAGAGUUCGACAACAACCGCCGCUUCCGCUGAGAAAACUGGGUUAAAGAAGAAGAAGACUGGGGGAAAAGACGACGCCGCGAAGGUCUACGAGUGCCGAUUCUGCUCCCUCAAGUUCUGCAAAUCUCAAGCACUGGGUGGUCAUAUGAACCGACAUCGUCAAGAGAGGGAGACCGAAACCCUUAACCGUGCUCGGCAACUUGUUUUUAGCAACGAAGGUCUAGCUGCAGGAGGGGGUCAUAUGAGUUUGAGAGAUGUGAAUAUCGGAGGCUCGCAAACGAUUUCUCCGGGGGCUUUCCAGCAUCGAGGCGCCUAUCCGACGCUAUCGCCAUACCCACCACCUUUGCAACCCUAUCUCUAUUCUUCCACCAAUCCACACCCCAUGAACUACCCAACAUCCUAUCCGCCUCCCAAUACAACGGUCGGUGAUUACUUUGUCGGUCACGUCCUCACCGGAGCCUCGCAACGCCAACCGCAAAACCCUAACCCUAAUUUUGGUCCCAACUCAAGCUUCAGUUGCUUUGGGGCACCGCUGGCUCGUAGCUUUCCCGUGGACGGAGUUCGAGCGCCGACAGAUAGUAAUCCAACAAAUCGACCAGAUAACACGAGCUGGAGUUGCAGUAGCGGCCAUCGGCCGCAGAUGGAUUCCACUUGUCCGGUCGAUCGGUUUCGAGAUAGAAUUUAGGAUUGAUCAAAGUGGUUCUGAGUAGCAGUAGUUCAUUCUGAGAUAAGAGACUGGGUUAUAGCAAGAAUUAUUGACCGUCAAAGAAACUAAAUUUCUAUGAAGAGCUUCUGAUUGAAGAUCUGUGUCCUUCAUUUAACUAGUAUUUAUAAUCCAAUCAUCAACAGUACCAAUAUUUUUCAAAAAAUAGCUUCUAAAUCAUAAACGUAAUGGUUGGUAUAGAAGAUUGUGAUUGUGAACACUGGUUUGUAAUACGGAGCUUCUUGUAGAAAUUUUCUAGGCCACCCAAGUGUAUUUUUGGGAGAAUCUUACUUACCUUCUUUCUUUCUCUUUAUCAUCUUUUCACUCUUUUUUUAUUUUACUCACUUUGUUGGCUUGAGAAAUAUAUAGCUAGGGACA